AUGAGUCAACCACAGCAAGCAGGUCAACGACAGAAUUUGCUACAAAACCAGCAUAACCCACAACAAAAUCAACCGCAUUCGAAUAUUAUAACUGGAACCGACAAUAUUUUAAAAAACUCGUUUUCUACUUCAAAUCAGAAUGACAAUAACACAUCGGUUGUACUCUUAGACUCGUAUCG